AUGAAGCUGAACGGAGAUCUACCAGGGAGCAGCGCAUCCUGCGGUGGAGGUCUUUCGGACUUCAAGGAGGAGAUUUGGCGUGGUCGGCACGAGGUGAUGAGGCGGUGGAACUCUCACAUGCAGGCAGUUGCUCAGACCGCCGCCUCGCUCCACCCCCUUGCACACCUGAACGUGGUCAACAGGAGUGUGCUGGAGUAUUCCUUUCGAGUCCCAGCGUUUGGGAAGCAAGAGGAGGAGGAGGAGGAGGAGGAGGAGGAGGAGGAGGAGGAGGAGGAGGAGGAGGAGGAGGAGGAGGAGGAGGAGGAGCCGCUUGCGCAGUUCAUGUGCAAGGGCACUCUUGCGCCGUUUGUCUGUGCCGAGGUAAUGAUUCUCGAGUGGAUGGCUGAGCCUCGUGUGGGCGUGCUCAUGGACCUGGGGAAAAUCAGAUCCCGCCUGCCUGCCAUUCUGGCCAUUCCUGCUGCAUCUGCUCUAACUGUUGCUGCUGUUCAUUCUGCUGUGUGGACCUAUUGCUGGCGUUGCAGCAACUGCUGGGCUGCCUACCGCCCUGGGGGCGGGCAGGCAGGAGGAGUAGGACUGUGCAGCUUCCAUGCUGGUGCUGGUGCUGGGGGAGAGGGGGGGAGGCAGGGGAAAGAAUGCUGGGAAGUAGCAAGGGGAGGGGAAAGGGAGAUGGGUGACCGUGUGAGUGAAGGCAGUGGAGAGCAGACAAGGAGACUUGGGAGGGAGCUUGACCUGAUGGUUGGUGGGCGAGAAGGGGAAGAGAGAAGGCCCGUAAGGGGGCUGGUGGCGGCACCACAUGGGGUUGAUUCUGUGAAGCACGGAGGUGGGGAGGAGACAGCGAAUAUGGUAGAGGUCAAAGGGGUUGCUAGCAGGUGUGGGAGGGAUAGGAAGGACUUGAAGUGGAGGGAGCAUCUGAAGGGGCGUGUGUGGGAGGGGUAUGUGGAUGGUAUGGCUUCGAUUCUGGAGCAUGGAGGGGGGGAAGAGAGGGACUUCGCACUGGCAGUCGCAUCAGUGUUCUCCAGACCAGAGCACCGCAAGCUGGGAGCGAUGUUCUUUGCGGGGUCCACCACCACCACCAGCAUUGUGGAAGAUGCAGCCGUCACGGAGGCCAGGGGAAGGCUGUCAACGCUCAGGCUGGCAACAGAAAUGAAAGGGGGAGGGGCAGCAGGGAUGAAAGGGAGAGGGACAACAGGUGGAAAACCUGGAACAGCAGCAGCAGUGGCACCAACAACAGGGCGCCCAGCUUACAAAGCGGCUGCUACUUCAGCCCGAGCCAGACCUAACCUUGGCAGGAGUUCGACCGGCAGUUGUGCCACUUCCAACUCUUGUACCAGAGGGUCCCGUGAGACUUGCCACGUGCCUGUCAACACAGAUCAUGUCCUCCAUGUCCUGGGAGAGGUGGAGGGCGGGUUGCACCUGGGAGAGGUGGAGGGCGGGUUGCACCUGGGAGAUGUGGAGGGCGGGUUGCACCUGGGAGAGGUGGAGGGUGGGUCUUACCUGGGAGAGGGAGAGGCGGAGGAAGACGGUGUCUAUUUCAUCUCCGCCAAGAGCUGCUUCAAGGGCAACCCACGGGGCAAGGUCCUGCCCAUGCGCCACCCGCUUCGGGAUCUUCCAAGCCUGCUGGUCAGGUUCAGUGCUGUUCCCGAGCCUGUGGAUGGAAGCAGUCGCCUACCAGAGUGGGAGGAGUGGCCCGAGGGAGAUGAAGCUGCUAUGAAAUUCCCUGACGACUCGAGUGCCAGAUGCUUUGGCCUGGGCAGGGCGGAUGCGCGCAGGCAGCUGGUCCGGGCGGCCAUUCAUCGUCUUUGCCGCCGACCAGACGGCCUUAGCCUUCGCCACCAGCAAGCAGCCGGGCAGGUGCGUCCUGCUGCGAGUGAUGUAUGGCUGAGUGCUGCAUGGCUGAGUGCUGCAUGGCUGAGUGCUGCAUGGCUGAGUGCUGCAUGGUUGGGUGCUGCAUGGUUGGGUGCUACAUGGCUGGGUGCUGCAUGGCUGGAAGAAGCCUCCUCACCUUCUCACGCCCCUCCCCGUUCCACUCCUUUUCGUGCACCUUCCUCACCACCCUUCCCUUUUAAGGCACCUCAAAGUGGAGUGCUGAGGUAUGCAGACAUGUGGAGUGCUGAGCUGAGGUAUGCAGACAUGUGGAGUGCUGAGGUAUGCAGACAUGUGGAGUGCUGA